CUCUUGUAUUACCUCUUGCAUCUCACACCAAGCAACACAACAGUUACUUCAACAUUUUGGAAAGAAAAUAACAAGAAGAAGAAAAUGAUUUCAAACAUGGUUUUUCUCAUCAGUCUGUUCCUGUUUGGAAUGGAAGUGGAGUGUAAGACAGUGGCUAAACAGGUUAGUUUACACGGUCUUGUUUUCAAUUUUAGCCCAGUUUUAAACAAUUGAGCUACACACGGAAAACAACGAGGACAACUGUACUAUCUGUACUAAGCAAUAACGGAGUGAAAAUAAUAAGUGCCGCUUACUGAGGAAAUGUUAAACUAAAAAUUUGAAAUUUCAAAAUUUGAAGGAAACCCUAACACGUAUGUUUCGCUAUAUACAUGCGCUCAACAACCUAUGGCUGAGAGACAUCUUUCCUUGAAUUUGAAAGCCUGGUCAACUAUAGGACACAGAUUUAGCAAAAAAUACUCAGUUUUAUCUCCAAGUUACUUUCAUGCAACCAUACAAUUUCCAUAGACUACGGAACGCUCUAUAUGUAGAUAAUGGCAAUGUUUUAUUAUUGGAUUAGUUGAUUUAACUUUUCACUGCAAUGACGCACCGCGUUUGAAGUACUAUUUAAAACAUGAGCAGUAGUGUUUUAUCAGAUAUAAAGACACGAGGCGAAACCGAGUAUAUUUAGGUCUGAUAAAACACGCACUGCGAAUUAAAGCCAAUUAAUGUUAAAUUGCUUCAAAAACGAUCGAUCUAGUGAGUUCAUUGGCGAAGUAAUUUUUAAAAAAUACGUUGUGUAAGUCGAGGAAAUUAAAGUUGAUGUAAAUCAAGGGAAAUCUCUACCACAUGUAAAGAUACGACACGUUUAUGAUUUUUCUUUGUGUUUUCCUCGUGAAUUAUUAUUAAUAAGUUUUUGAAUAAGGAUUCUUGUACUAGUAGUUAACCUGUAUCUAAGGACGAAAGUGGACUUAUAUUCAUUUAUGCAAUGUUCUUUCGUCAAAAUCCAAGAUCUGCAUGAUUAUUGGUUAUGUUAGUGAAUAUACAGCUAUUUCAAUUAAUUAAGGUUGUCCCCGAGCAAACCGGAUACGAGCGCGAAAGGCUUGCUGGGAAUCGUUAAAAUUUUUCUAGAUGUUUUAGCGAUUCUCAGCAAGCCUUUCGCACUCGUAUUCGACUUUUCCGCUUUGCUUGGGAACAACCUUAAUUGAAGUAGCUGUAUGCUGAUGCAACCUAAAGCGACCUAUAAAGCAACUUAUAUAUGCGGAUUAUUUGUUUUGACAUGGACGAAAAUCAAAUUAUUGCUUGCGGCUCUGCAAAUUUCAUUCCUGGGCCGGCAUUAGAGGUGCACAGAAAACGAGUAUCUAGCCGGAGUGUAACAAUAUAUAGAUUAUAGUAAAUAUAUGAUAACUUGAAACAGUAUAUAGUUUUUUGCCCUGAUUGUGUUAGCCAUUCGUUAUUUACCAUUCCCUGAUUGUGUUAUGCUUUCAAAUUUACAAUCUGUUACUAUAAUAGCCUAUAUAGGUGGGUUUCACAGCACUAAGUGUUAUACCGGCACAACCAGUUUACAUGCAUGUAAUAUUGAAGCGUUAUACCUGCAUUGGUAGCCUGUAAUAGUCGUAUGAGCGACUAUACAUACCGGUAAAAUGCGUGCAUUUGCAACCAAACAAAAAAUUACCGAAAACAUAACUGCGUUUCAGUCGUUUCAUUUGGCAAUACAUAUACAUAUAUAUAAACUAUCAGCUUGAAAUGUUCGGCGGUUUCACUAAACCUAAACUACAUAUAAUUAUUUAUAUGUACAUGCGUGUAAACACAGUAAAGUACCGCAUGGUUCAAUAUUAUUAUAUACCAUAUUGCAAUCAUUCAAAAUACAUUGUACUAUUUCUCUGCAGCUGGAAAUCACUCCUCGAAGCUGUCUGGACUAUCUCAAAAGAGGUUUCAAAUCAGAUGGUUAUUAUACCAUUUAUGACUUCAAGACCGACAACUGUAUUACAGUUUACUGUGAUAUGACUUCAGAAGCUGGUUCAGCCUGGACUUUAGUGAUGUCCUACGCCUUGAAGAACAGACAUAUGGAUCAGAUCGCCAGGAAAACAAUGCAACAAGACGCUCCUGUGAACGAGCACUCACCUAACUGGAACCUCUACCGCAUGAGUCUCUCUCAAAUGACUCAUCUCAAGUCUCAGUCAACCCACUGGAGAUCAACCUGCAGCUUUCCAACUUACAAAGUUGACUACACUGAUUACGUCAGAGCAAAGUUUACACACUUUGAUAUUAUGACAUUUCUUGGUGAUGGUAUUUGCAAGAAAGUUGAAUAUAUAAAUAUUCGUGGUCAUCAAUGUGCACAAUGUACCUCAAAAUGGUGGCAACAAAACAGUCGAUACUCCCCCCACAUUGAUAGCCCUUCCAAUGGCUGUCAGUUUGUUCCCACUCAAGGUUCUGUUUCGAGCGAGAAUAACUUUGGUUACUAUAUCGAGGGAGUCAUCAACAAAAAAUUUCGUUGCAGUGCUGGGCCCCUUUCUACAACCAACUGGUGGUUUGGUGGAUACUUGUAAUCAUCUUGCUAGUUCAGAUUUAAGUUGCAUUGUUUGCUUUUCUAAGAAACGUUUGUAGAAUGUAAUUCGUUUGCUUAAUAUUACUUCUGUUUAUAUCAUAUUGUACUGGAAAAUGUAUCACCACAAUAAAGUUUCUUGCAUCAGUUUUAUUCUCAUGGUUUUGCCAACAUCUAUUCAUAAGCUGCAUUGUUUGUGUGUUUUCGUUUGUCGUUUAACAAAUUUUUU